GUUUUGGUAUACUAUAUCAUCACCCCGUCCCGUUCUAUAUUUUCUUCUAUAUAUCUCUCUCCCUCUCUCUCUCUCUCUCUCUCUCUCUAUAAUAAAUGCCAGAAAACAUGAGUAUAUCUGUAAACGGGCAAUCGCAGGUGCCUCCUGGUUUUCGAUUUCAUCCUACAGAAGAGGAGCUCUUGUAUUACUAUUUGAAAAAGAAGGUUUCAUAUGAGAAGAUCGAUUUGGAUGUAAUUCGUGAUGUGGAUCUUAAUAAGCUAGAGCCGUGGGAUAUACAAGAGAAGUGCAAAAUAGGAACCACCCCUCAAAAUGACUGGUACUUCUUUAGCCAUAAGGACAAGAAAUAUCCAACCGGAACGCGCACGAAUCGUGCAACUGCUGCUGGGUUUUGGAAGGCCACUGGCCGUGAUAAGGUGAUAUAUAGCAAUGGUAGGCGCAUUGGGAUGAGAAAGACGCUUGUCUUCUACAAAGGUCGAGCCCCACAUGGCCAGAAAUCUGAUUGGAUUAUGCAUGAAUAUAGACUGGACGACAACAUUGUCGACACUAAUGUUUCCAAUGUUAUGGGAGAGGCAGCACAAGAAGAGGGAUGGGUAGUCUGCCGCAUCUUCAAGAAGAAAAAUCACCAUAAAACCCUAGACAGUCCUUUAAGUUCAUCGUCCUUUUUUACAGAGGCAAGGACCCAAAUAUUCAAUUCUUGCAAUGAAGGAGCUCUAGGUCAAAUACUUGAAGAAUACAUGGGUAGGACAUGCAAGGAAGAGAACGAAGCAAACAAUUGUGUAAGAUUUCUAAGGCCAAUCGAUACAACAAUUAACAGCGGCAGCAGCUACCAUGACAAGUUCAUGAAACUUCCAAGCCUAGAGAGCCCAAACUCAAGCAGUAGCCAAAACGCUUACCCACCAAUGAUCAAUAAUAAUGAAAGUUCGGUAUCCAACCAGUUGAACUCCAUGGAUGCCAAUAACUCAUCACUUUAUCCAUUGGAGUCCGGCAUAACCAACUGGGCAGCUCUUGAUCGUCUAGUUGCAUCUCAACUAAAUGGCCAAACUGAAGCUUCAAGGCAAUUGGCCUGCUUCAGUGACCCCACCAUGGUCUACUGCAACCCCAUCAAUCAACCCCACCAUGAUCUCCAAGUGCCAACUCUAAGGCAAUCAUUCUCACUACCAUCCAAUAGGCCAGCAUAUCAUGGAGCUCAUCAAGAUUACAACAAUGAGAUUGAGCUAUGGAAUUUCACCAAUCGAACAUCCUCAUCGUCUGACCCCUUAUGCCACGUUUCGAAAUCUAGUGUAUAAUAGAUUAAAACCCUACAUUUUAUAAUCAUAUCAUAGUUGUUAAAGUCAUAAAGGAGUAUUAUUACAGGAGUACUAAAUUAAUUAUGUGAUAGUAUUAAGUGAUAUAUAUCAUAAAUAAAGUAAAGAGUUUUUCUUAGAUGGGGUGGCAUUGUCAACCAUUAUCUUUUACUUAAUCAAUAUGUCUAUUGU